ACAAUCUACUCUAGACUUGUUUGGGACGUUGGGGGACAUGAUCUCCACACGAUAUCCACAUCCACGUUCCCCAUCCCACCUCAACUAGCUCACUUUGGACCUAUAUCUAGGAUAAUAUACUUGUGCAAUGAAUUGUUGCUAGUAGAGACAUACGAAGGGCCGAGGAGGUGGUACGUGAUAACUCUGGAUUCCGGUGGAAACUACAAUACUUACUGUUGAUUUGCUCCUAAUUUUAUUCAGAAGCCGGCAUGCACCUCCUAGAGACGUUGCUAUUUUCACGAUGCUGUUAGGAUUACCAUUUGCAGUCUUUGCCGUUGGAGCUAUAGCGGUCCCCUCUCCGCAGACCCUAGACUCGAGUCUUACGUUACUAAUUGACAAUGAUCUACAAGGGGCGAAUAGCCCUGUAUCCAACUCCGGCGUUUUGUUGCUAGAAGCGCGGUCGUUAGAGAACGCUCGCAAGACAUGUGAGGCGGUGGGUGAACAGCUCUGGUCACUUGAGUCGGGAACGAAAAGUAUUCAAGCCAACUUGAAUUAUCUGAAAUAUAUAGAUCUAGAUCUGGGUCUCUCGCAAUUCUGGGUUGCGUCUGGGAACCAGUCGGCUCGGGCUAUAGACAUAGACGGCCGUAUAGUUCACGCAGAACCGAAGGCUAAGCUCCCGGUUCUAUGCUCCCAAUCGGCACCAUUUUCUAACGUAGUGGCUCAGGAUACGGGCGAGAGAUGGCAAAUCACUGUGAAGUCUAACAAUGAAUCUCUUACGGGGUACCGUGACCGCUUGAGUUUUCGCUUCUUAGGGGUUCGAUAUGCACCGCAACCUAAGCGAUUCACGUAUUCUGAGCCUUACGUCGGCAAUGGGAGUGAGGUUUCUGCGUUGGAGUAUGACUCUCGGUGCCUUCAGGCGGGGAAUAUCGGGUCUGAAGAUUGCUUGUUUCUGAAUAUCUGGACCACUCACAUCCCAGCCAAACCUACUACUAAAAAGCUGAAGCCGGUCAUGUUUUGGAUACACGGAGGUGCGUUUAUAAACGGAGCAGCAAGCGAUCCUACGUUCGACGGAGGUAAUCUAGCGUCAAGGGGCGAUGUCGUCGUGGUUACUGUCAACUAUCGGUUGACUACCCUCGGAUUCCUGGCCUUAAAUGACGGCGUCACUAAUGGUAACUUCGGCCUUGCUGACCAGAUUAACGCUCUUGAGUGGGUAAGGAGGAAUAUCAAGGACUUCGGUGGCGACCCUGAUAGAAUCACCAUAUUUGGACAGUCGGCCGGCGCGGGGAGUGUCCACGCCCUGAUAGCCUCUCCGAAGUCUAUCGGGAAGUUUGCAGGGGCUAUACCCGUCAGCAAUCUUGCCAAUAAAGAUCCCAGCACGGGCUACACAGAAUAUUACACGAUCGAAGAGGAAGUCGAGGCAUUAGGAAACACCAUCUUAAAAGAAACCGGCUGUGCGAACGCUACGUCUCAAGUAGACUGUCUGCGAUCGAUAUCGCCUCAUACUCUCGCGGGAGGCCUAAGCACCUUUGCUAAGUUCCCGGUUGUUGACGGCACAUAUCUCACAUCCGACAAGCUUCAACUCGAAGGGCCCACGCUUCCGGUUCGUAUCAUGAUGGGAACUACUCGCGACGACGGCGGCCCAUUCAUCAGUUACCCUACGACGACGAACCAGACAGAGUAUCUAAUAUCCCAAGGCUACGACGUGCCGCCGCCAGACCUCUUCCCAAUUCCCAACAUAGAGAACAAGACUUUAGCUCUGUUCAACAUGGCCACUCGUCUUGUUACAGACAGUAUUUUCCGAUGCGGUGAUCAGGCUACAGUGUCCGGUGGUCUUCGAAAUAAUCGGUUCCACCCCGUCUACUUCUACGAGUUCAACAGGACCUACCAGCUUUCAGACUGGCCGAAGAUCGACGCCUGCGAGCCGCCCAAGACAACCUCUCACCCCCACGGCGAUCCGAACGGCGAGUAUCUCAAAUGCCAUUCGGGCGAGCUAUACUACAUCUUCGGCAACCUAGCCCGACAAGGCCUACCUAUGCGGGACGAAUUUGAUCUGUCAUUCGAGCGAUUCGUUUUAGACUCCUUUAGCUCGUUCGCAAGAUCGUUCGACCCUAACCCUGAUGUCGAGUUUCUCAAGGCCAGGGGCUUCCAGAGCACGUUAGGGGAAAUCGAGCGUUCUGGGAGGUGGCAGCCCUCCACCUCCGAGGGGGGGAUGACAAGACGGAUCUUGCAAUGGCCCAGCGUUCAGGAGCCGUUUAUGGAGGCGGAGCAAUGCGAGUAUAUAGGUUUGGCUUGGGACCAGUAGGUAGGUAGGUAGGUAGGUAGGUAACUCUAUCGUACGCGCCACCAUACAGAAAAUAGACUCUAUCAAACCACAAUGCGGGAAUCUUAUUCCCAAGCCACCCG